UACCGGCUCAGAGCAGAAGGACACACCAGAGGAGGCAGCGGGAGACGCGGCCGUCGCUUUACAUCUCGAGAUUGGACUUUUUAUUUCUAAUUCCGACUGAAAUCAAUGAAGGAGAGACGCUCGUGUCAGAAACUAUCUCUGAAAUCCGGUAUGGAUCCCAGUCAGAGUGUGAAGUGUAAGAUAGUGGUGGUGGGGGACAGCCAGUGCGGGAAGACUGCCCUGCUUCACGUGUUCGCCAAGGACUCCUUCCCUGAGACCUACGUCCCCACAGUGUUUGAAAACUACACAGCCAGUUUUGAAAUCGACACGCAGAGGAUUGAGCUCAGUUUGUGGGACACCUCAGGAUCUCCGUACUACGACAACGUGAGGCCUCUCUCCUACCCAGACUCUGACGCCGUCCUCAUCUGUUUCGACAUCAGCCGCCCUGAAACACUCGACAGCGUCCUGAAAAAGUGGAAAGGUGAGAUCCAGGAGUUUUGUCCCAACACGAAGAUGCUGUUGGUCGGAUGCAAGUCAGACCUGCGCACCGACCUGAGCACGCUGGUGGAGCUCUCCAACCACAGACAGACGCCAGUCUCUUAUGACCAGGGCUCCAGCAUGGCCAAGCAGAUCUCGGCGCCAUACAUCGAGUGCUCGGCUCAGCAGUCGGAGAACAGCGUCAGAGACAUUUUCCACGUGGCCACACUGGCUUGCAUCAACAAAAACAACAAAAACGUCAAGCGCAGCAAGGCCACCCGUGGGAACAAGAGGAUUUCACACAUGCCCGGUAGGCCCGACCUGGCGGCUGUGGCCUCAGACCUCCGGAAGGACAAAGCCAAAAGUUGCUCGGUCAUGUGACUGAUCGGACUGAGGGGGAUUAGACUGAGAAUGAGGACAGAUUACAGUGCAAGCAGGAAGCUACGGGGCGACGCGCUUUCCUGCAUGCUAAAGACCCCUUAUUUGUCUGGAAUGGGGUUUUAUAAGCUUCAAUUCAUGUACAUGUUACUGGAAUACUCUGCCCCGGUGCAGACUCAAUGCGUAGCAGCGUCCCAAUCCAUGUGGCCCCACCAGACGAGGAAGCUAUCUGUCAGCGAGAUACCUGCUCGGGGAAGUGACCUGCUUCCUCUGGGAACUCGGAGCGGAUGUGUUCGAGGCUUUCCGCACGAACAGGAAAUGAGCAGGAGGAGUGAAGUCAUUAGGAGAUGCUCAUUUGUAAAGGAAGGCUUUAAGAACAUGUGAUCUUUUGAAUGAAAGCCAAAGUCGGCGGCGAUGGGGCGCUUUGCUUCCUGGGAGAAAAGGAGCUGCUGUUUGUGCUGGAUCAGACUUUCUGCUCGGAGGGCACCAAGUCGUCACUGUAGAAGUCGCUCUCACCCCCGCUCCUGUAACUGUCCGUGUGCAGAGGACACUACAAGAGGAACUUCUUCUCGUCCUGCACACACGCUGACGCUGUUUGUCCCCCGUCUCUGAUAUGUUGUCGGUAUAAUGUGAAGUCAUUGGUGUGUAACUGCAUCAUUGUUUUAUUUUUUUGCUUCAUCCUGAUGAGUUUCAUCCUUGAACAGCUGAUUCGAGGGAGUUUUUCACUGCACGUUUGUAGCAGCCAUUCUGUGUUUCACCUCGACAGCUGUAGAUGCAUAAAGACUCUCUGAAGAUUCUCUCCACGCCGCUUCAAGGACUCCUCCGUACUGGGGAACCAGAAGCCAAGUCACAGCUUUCAUGAUUUAGCCAACAAGUCUAUGUGAGAAACAAAUGGCCCUUCAAUUAGUGCCACUGUUCUGAAAGAUUGCAUAACACGUUUUAAAAGCCUUAAUGGGGCGAAACGCUUUAGUUUACCAACACUUAUCAAGAGAAAAUGUGACUAAUUGUGUGAAAUGAGAACGUCCUGACAGGCUCACAGCCAGCUUGAGCUACGAGUCAUUCUCCCACUGCACUUUAGGGAGGGAGUGGAAAUGAACAACAAUUAAAUCUUGUUUAUUAGGCGGUGAAACACCAGAGCGCUCUGCUUUGCAUUUCCCAGAAAUGUUCAGACUCUGCUGUCGGGUGAAAUCCUCAUAAAGGCCGGGGCACGCCAGCAACUAUUUAGAUAUUCAAUUAACUUUUCAUUACUCCAACAUGGACAGAUCGGCAGAUCCAAGAAACAUCAUGCAAGAAUUCUAUAUUAAUAUUUGAGAUUUGGUACCCCUACAGUUUGAGUCAUUCACCACGGUUGUAAAUAAGGAGCGCUGAACACGUGCGUUACAUUACUCGCGAUCAGAAACUUUGCUUGAACACCUAAACAUCCAGGAAGUGCGACGGCACAAGACGGCCAGCUGAUAUCAAUUGUGAGUCGGCACAAAUUCACGUCCAGUUUCACCAAAAUCAGUGACGGUUUGUGGUGUUGUGCCGUAAAGCGCUCGCCGAACGUUGUGCAAGAGACUCUAUUCUCCCGAUUACAAGUCAGUGUAGCAUCAAAAUGAUUUGGUUGCAUUAAUCCAUAAUGAGAAUAAUCGUUAGCGCUGCUUUUAUUGAAGGAAAUGAUACAAAAUGGAGGAGGGGAGUGUGAAUCUGAUUGAUUCGGGUGUGACCAGAUGAUUUUAUUUCCAUGGUUUGAAACGUUACUGUGUUUGGGUUUCACGACGUCAUAAUGCAAACAACAAAUAAGUGUUAAUUUGAAAAUGAGAAACAGUGUUGUUUACAGUGUAAAAUUGUGUUUUGUCCUCUCAACAGUGCAAUUUAAGGAGCUGUUUAAAUAUCAAAAGGUAUUGAUGCACUUUUAAUGUUAACUUCCCGAUUUUUAUCUCGCCAAAUGCCAACGCUGUCACACACACGCUGGCGGCUCGGUGGCCGAACUCGUAUCUUGAUUUUCUAAUCUGUUGUCUUCUCCCCGUGUACUCUCUCUCAUGUUUUCUUGAAUGUUGAUGUCACCUUCAAAUGUCUUUGCCAAUGUUGUUGCCGCAAUAUUUAUUGAAUUAUAUAUUUUCCCUUUAGAAUAAAUGCAAAUGGAAUUGAA